AUGAAUAUGACACUCCUCGAAAUGAUGAGAAUGAAUCCGCGGCCGUUUGAUCUUCCACUACUCAAAAUGACUGUCAAGCGACUUCUAUUGGCGCUUGAUUUCUUGCACGCGGAGGCCGACGUUAUUCAUACUGAUCUGAAGACCAAUAAUCUGAUGCUCAGCCUAGAGGAUAGCUCCAUGCUGGCGGAUUUUGCGGCAGCAGAAUCCGAGAAUCCAAGUCCUCAGAAAAUAAUUGACCAGUCGCGUAUUAUUUAUUGCAGUCGAAAGUUUCGGAGACCUACCGGCGGCAGAAACUACGGUCUUCCAGUCCUAUGCGACUUUGGCGAGGCAAGAAUUGGCGGGACACAGGAAUCAGGACCUUUCGUCCAACCACACAUAUACCGAGCGCCGGAGAUCAUUUUUGAAAUGCCUUGGGGAUGCGCUGUUGAUAUCUGGAAUCUUGCUGGUCUUAUUUGGGAUCUGUUGGAAGGACAGCGUCUGUUUGGCGAUAUAUUCGACUCCAGAGGUGGCCAUGAUCCCUUCAAGCAUCUAGCGCUUAUGGUAGCCUUGGUUGGACCACCGCCGACUGCAUUUGUACGGCGUAGUGAGGCAACGGAGCAGUGCUUUGACUUGAACGGUUAG